GCUCCGGUCUCAGCAAGCCAGGUGUCAACCAUGAGGGCCCAGCUCCUCUACUUCUCCACCGCCUCUGGUGCCUUGACCCUAGUGAAGCUGCUGCUACCGCUACUGAUGGCGCAACUCUGGGGCGCACAGGCGCUGCUGCUCCCGGGAAACGUCACGAGCUUGGACCUUGAGGCGUCUAGCGUCCCGUGCACACGUGACUCGCAGCCCUGGCAGGUGUCCCUCUUCCAUAAUCUCCAGUUCCAAUGCGCGGGUGUCCUCGUGGACCGGAGCUGGGUGCUCACGGCCGCACACUGCUGGAGAAAGAAGCCUCUGAGGGCUCGAGUUGGCGAUGACCACCUGCUGCUUUUCCAGAAGGAGCAGCUUCGGUCCACGAAUUCCCCCAUUUUCCACCCCAAGUACCAGCCUUGCUCAGGCCCCAUCCUGCCACACCGCUCAGAUGAACAUGACCUCAUGAUGCUGAAGCUGAGCAGUCCUAUUGUGCCAACACCCAGCGUGUAUCCCAUCCAACUGCCCUUCCAGUGCGCCCAGCCAGGGCAGGAAUGCCAGGUCGCAGGCUGGGGGACCUCAGCUGCCCGCAGAGUGAAAUACAACAGGAGCCUGAGCUGCUCCAGGGUGACUCUCCUUAGCCAGAAGCAGUGUGAGAUCUUCUACCCUGGCGUAAUCACCAACAACAUGAUUUGUGCUGGGCUGGACAGAAACCAGGACUCUUGCCAGAGUGACUCUGGUGGCCCGCUGGUGUGCGACAACACUCUGCACGGCAUCCUCUCCUGGGGCAUCUACCCCUGUGGUGCUGCCCUGCACCCGGCCGUCUACACUGAGAUCUGCAAAUACAGUACCUGGAUCCGGAGAGUCAUUCGCUCCUCAUGACCAGCCUCUCACGCCCUCCUUCCCCACAGCCUCGUCUCCUGCCAUGCCCACUCAAACCUUUGAGCAUGCAUCCUCUCCCCUCAUUCCCUGCCCAUCCCUGUCCUCUGCUCACAAGGAAAUGGUGCCAAGAAAGUUCUAGUACCUCAAGGAAGCUGGCAAUCCCCCGGUUUUUGAGUUAUCAGAGUCGUUCAACCUGGCUUCCUCCACUGUGUGUCAGGGGCGAGCCGGGUACUCUCUCUGUGCCUUGGUUUCCUUGUCUGAGAAAAUGGGGACAACAAUUUGUCUACCUCUUACAUAUGUUGCAUAGAGACCAUGAUGGAAUGUGUGAGUGUGGAUUUUUAUGGUAACUGUCCUGGAGACGUGGACACAGUCUGGCAAGCACUGAUUAAACACUACCUGAUCUGA